AUGAUACUCAAAGGCUGUCUCCUGUAUCCUUUGUGCCCUCCCAGGAAUAAGCAAAGAUGUGCCAGGCUGUGGAAAAUAGCCUAUGGAGGAUUACUGAAGAUAAUGACACGCUCUCUCUUAACAUUGUAGUGUCUAGAUGGCGGGAUGGUACUGAUGAGAAAGCAGAUGCUAUCAAGGUUCAUGUACCCCAAAGAGUGGCAGCACCUCACCAUGUUCAUCCUCCUCACUCUCAAUGGCUGCGUGGACUUCAUGAGCAAGAAUGUGCUGCCUCAGAGGUGUGUGGGCCUAGAAAAAGGUACCCUGGUCCUGAUCAUCUAUGAGCUCCUGCUGCUGAUGGUGUCACAUGUUAGAGACUCAGAAGGGGUGGAGCUGCACGUGCACUCUCUGCUCAUCCUGGUGGUGUUCCUGCUGUUGCUGGUGUUCACUGCAGAGCUGUGGGCUCCCAACAUGUGUCAUCUCCAGCUGAUGGAGACCUUUCUGAUCCUCAUGAUGGGCUCCUGGCUGAUGCAGGCAGGCUUUAUUCUAUACAGACCUGUCUCUGGCUACCCAUGGGAGGACGAUGACAUCAGUGACAUCAUGUUUGUCACCACCUUCUUCUGCUGGCAUGUGAUGAUCGAUGCCUCGUGCCUGUUGGGAAUCUACGGCUUCUCUUCCUUUUGGCAUCGUUGUUACGCUCCCAGCUUGAAGCUGACGGGGCCCAAGGAAGCUCCGUAUUACGCAAGCCCUCCGGGACCCUUCUACAAGUUGCUGCAGGAAGUGGAGCAGUCAGAGAAAGAGGACCAGGUCCUCCUUUUUUCAAAGAGCUCCCCUGAGACAGAGUCUAUAGUGGCUGGCACAUCAUCCACCUUGCCUUCCUCCUGUGGGCUCCUCAGCCACGAGCAUGGCACCCUUUCUGGUCCCCAGUGAAAGGAAUGGCCCUGAAGGACAGUAAUUGGCCCUGACUGUUGUCCCUGUAUCUGAGCAUCAGACUGCUGAGGAGAUAGGGAGAGAGAAACCUGAA